UUAUGAUCCAGGAUUGGGUUGUAUUUAUCAUUAAUUAUAGUGGGAGACAUGGGAUACUAUCAUCGCAAUCGGUACGUUGAAAUGUCCACACAAUAGGGGGCUGCGAACGAAAGGAAGGGAACCCGGAGAACGCGAACUCUGCAUACUUGAAGGAUUGGAAACCAUCAUCAGCAUCUUGACUUCUGAAGUCGAUUUUUCUUGUCAUCGCAUUUCUAAGAUUUCAGUCUUCUAAGCCUCGGAGUGAGGCCGGCAUCUUGGAGUUCGCAGUCCACUUCUUCAUUUUAGAGUCUUGUUUUUCGUGGGUCGCGUCAAUAUUAGCGGUCGCGGACGUAGAUAAAGAUAGCUACUAAACGACAUGAAGUAGCGCCUGGUGCCAAUGGCGUGAGCUCUGUUGGGAAUCUGUGUCCCUCUGUGAUGACUAGAGUGUUCAUCGAGACUCUGAGCCACUCAGAGCUGCGAUCUGCACGUGAUGCAAUGGGCUGUGAGAGUCGGUUCGGACAUUUUACCUUCUCCUGGAGGAGAAGAAAGGCGAGCACAUGCAGCUCCUGCUAGCGGCUUCUUGAGCUUGGAGGCAGUGCGAGGGCGGAGAUUUCGAAACUCUCGGACGCUGGAUGGUGCAGUGCUUACAUUGUUGGCGUCUCUAGGCAAUUUUCAGCGUUGAAGCUUGGACCAGGCGUUCUGAGCGUCUUUUCCGCAGAGGAGAGGAAGUGCAGUUGUGGCAAAAAAUGAGGUCCUUCGGAUGCUGACAUCAACGGCUGGCCAGACUUAUGAGGAUUAAAAAAUCUUGAAUUUGCGAGGAAUUUGGUAUCGGAGCAGGAUGGCGAUCCGAGGCCAAUGGAGUGUGACUCUUGUGAUCGCUGGCUUGUGGGCGAUCUCCCUGCUGUAUGGAGAGAUGUUUGCCUAUUGGUUUCCAAUCUUUUCUUGCUCGUGGCCUGUGAUCGAGCUUAAUGGAACAAAUGCAGAAGAUUUCAAUGUAAAGCCUAUCAAGAUAGCCUUGAUCGCAGAUCCUCAGAUCACUCAUCAGGCCGGGGACAGAUCACCAGUUCCGACAACUUUGAAGUUUUCAGAGUUUUAUUCCGACAUUUACAUGCGACGGGCCUUUCGCUCAUCUGUUCUUGCCAUGGAACCAGACCGCAUAAUAAUUUUGGGUGAUCUUAUUGAGGGAGGAUAUCGUCUCUCAGAUGAGGAAUGGAACGUAAUUGAGAAGCGCUUUGAGCAUGCCUUUGAUCAAGCUGAAAGAGGUUCGAAGAAGGGAUCAGGGCGAUUGCCUGUUUACUAUCUGCCAGGGAUGCAAGAUCUUGGUUCAGCUGAAAUUCAAGCCAAAAGACCAGAGAUUCUCAAUCGCAACUUUGCUGCGUUUGGACCUUCAGAGUACAUUGUACCUAUUGGUGGUGUAGAGUUCAUCUUUACUAAUGCGAAAGCUUAUGAUGGUAUAGAAUCCAGCAUUCAAGCCAAUGCUAGGUGGGGGCUUUCCGAUCGAAUUUCAUCUGAUGGAACACACAUUCCCCGUGUAUUGCUGACAGCUACUCCACUGUACAAGUCUAAUGAUGUCGCUUGUAAGCGUCAACACGUUUCUGAAACGGCGGAUGAGUUUGUAACGGGACUGCCAGAAAUGCUUCACGUAGACAAGCCUGAAGAUUAUCUAACUCUUGAAACUACUACAAAACUUCUGAACCUCACCAAGCCUAUGAUUGUCUUUUCUGCACACGGAUAUCAAGGGUGCUCUCUGACUCAUGCGAUGUAUGGAUCCGUUACUGAGCAUACCGUGGGAACUUUCAACUGGCAGCAAGAGAAUCUCCAUCCUUCUUUCAUGAUGAUUUCAGUCGCACCAGAGUCGGUUUCAGGUUCUUUGGACCUGGUGUCAGUGAGCCAAUGCUUCCUGCCUGUCCAAACUUGGAUAUACACAUGGUAUCUUUUUGCAUUCUUGACAGGUUUAGUGUCUAUCUUCACUUGGCCAUCUCAAGGGGUCGACGUCUCAGGUUUUUUCUUCAAAGUUAUGAAAUAUUGUAAAGAGAUAUUUCGACCUGAUGGAGGAGUAAAGGCCAAAGAUGAAGAUGCCGACAAUGGUGAUUGGGAGAUGAUGUGGGAUGCAGAAGGUGGUAUGCAUCUAGUCAAGGCUCAUAGAACUGUCAUAGCUACUAAGAAUACAACGCAGGGGGUCGAUAGAAGAGGAACUGCCCUUGUAAGACCAGCUGCUAAGCGAGAACCUGGAUCGGAAGUUGAGACCAUCGUAAGGAUGGAUCCUAGUCAUAGUGUUCAUAGGACGACUAGAACCAGGAAUCGUAUACUUUAUAACUGGUUAAGGUUUGCUUUGGGACCGUUGGCUGUCCUUAUAUCUCUGAAUUUUAGCCUCUACGUGAUGCUAUUAAUGAAAGAUUGGACUUGAGGCAAGGAAACAAUGGAACUCAGUUCGUGUUCGAUUCUCCGAACUGGCAAGUAGGCACAGUAUAACACAGUAUAUGCUUCUUCAUGUUUUGAGGCAAUAUGAGGCACGUCUUUACCGACUUCUCUGUUUUGAAAUUCCCCGUGGCAUUUGGUGUUGCUUACGGUAUAGCACUUGCCCUGAAAGGGCUGAGGAACUUCACCUUGAGGAGCUUUUGAAUCCAAUUUAUAACUGAUUGAUGCCUUACGAGGUAGAGUGAAAGCGUUUUGAAGCAGAAUAAACUAGUAAUCC